AACAGCAACAAUGUUUCAUUCCCCAAGAAGCAAUUUACAAGUUACUCCCUCUCUUCAUUAUGUCAAAAUAAAUGAGGUAAAUUGGGUUUGCCCAUCUUUAAUAAUGGGUCAUGUCCAACCCAUUAUAAGCUGGGCGGAUUGGACGGUCAUUUGGGCUUGGAUCAAAUUUACUUCUGACCAACUUCUAUUCUCUUCUCUAUCACCCAUCAACUGAAAAAAGGGGGGGGCGGGGAGGGGACCGAGUAGGUAGAGGGAGAAGCGAAGUGGGAUGAGUGUAAUAGCAGUAAUACUAGUAGAACAAUAUAUUAGUACUAUACUUUUCAAGACCAAGAAUCAAACCCAACUUUCCAAAAAAAAAAACAUAUAGAAUCACAUAUUUGUUUACGGUCUCUAUGAAUGUCAAGAAUGAGGUACCAAUUGGGUUACAUUUGUUUCUUGCUUUUCUUGAUUUUUGAUUCUACAUUCGAGCAAGAAGAGAGAUUGGCAUUGCUUCAGCUGAGAUCUUCUUUAGGAUUAAGAGCCAAAGAGUGGCCUAUAAAGGGUACUCCUUGUUUAAACUGGCGAGGUAUUACUUGCAAGAAUGGUCGAGUUACUCAGAUAAACAUCUCUGGUUUUAAACGUACACGAACUGGGAGUCAAAAUCCUCAAUUCUUGGUUGAUGCUCUUCAAAAUUUGACUCUUUUGGAGUCAUUUAAUGCAUCAAAUUUUGCACUUCCUGGUUCUGUUCCUGAAUGGUUUGGUAUUAGUCUUGAAUCUUUACAGGUUCUUGAUCUUAGGUUCUGUUCAAUAACUGGUGCUAUUCCUUCCACUCUCGGCAAUUUGAGUAGUUUAGCUGUUUUAUACAUAUCUAGUAAUGGUCUUAGUGGAAUGGUGUCUUCAAGUUUGAGUCGACUGGAAAGUCUUUCAGUUCUUGAUCUUUCACACAAUUCGCUCGUCGGUUCGAUUCCUGCAUCAUUUGGCUCUCUUGGAAACCUUACUUUUCUUGAUAUUUCCUCAAAUUUAUUGUCCGGGGUUAUUUCUCCUGUCAUUGGGAAUGUUGCCUUCAAGAAAUUGAAAUUCUUGAAUCUUUCUCAGAAUAUGUUUUAUGGGAAUCUACCGCCUGUAAUUUGGAGAUUCAGUUUUCUUGAUCUAUCAGACAAUUAUUUCCAAGGCAAAGUUCCUGAGCACUACGGGCAAAGUAACGUAUUCUUUAAUAGAAAUUGCCUACAAAGAUUGGAAAGUCAAAGGGAUACAAGUGAAUGUGCAUCUUUCUAUGAUGAGCAUGGCUUGCUAUUUGAUAAUUUUGGAGAGUCAAAUGCCAUGGAGCUUCCGGCUCCUAAUAAAUCUGACAAGACGAGUCACAAAAAUGUAAUCAUAUCAGCUGCUGUUCUAGGGGGUGUUGGAAUUAUUGCUAUUGUGAUAAUCUUUGUAUUGCUGCUGAUUUGUUGCUGCAAAAGGGGCGGGACGAAUCAAACGUUCACUGGUGUAGAGCCUGUUCCUAUUAGCGCAAGUCCUCCCCCACCUCCAGGUGCAUCAUUGAAAUUUUCAAGUUUAGGAGUAGCAUUUAGCUACCUGCAGAUCCUUCAAACAACUGGUGAUUUCAGUGAUGCAAAUCUUAUUAAGCAUGGACAUUCAGGUGAUAUUUUCCAUGGAAUUCUGGAAGAUGGGAUUCAUGUAGUAGUUAAAAGAAUUGAUUCUAGCACAGUUAAAAGGAAAGCAUACAAGUUAGAAUUGGACUUCUUCAGCAAAGUUUCUCAUUCUAGAUUAGUCCCUCUUCUGGGACAUUGUUUAGAGAGUGAAAAUGAAAAGUUUCUGGUAUACAAAUAUAUGCCAAAUGGAGAUCUCGCUAGUUCUUUGUUCAGAAAAAAGAAUACAGAUGAUGAUAGUUUGCAGUCACUUGAUUGGAUAACGAGACUGAAAAUUGCUGUCGGAGCUGCUGAGGGUUUGUCUUAUCUGCAUCAUGAAUGUAAUCCGCCUCUUGUGCACAGAGAUGUCCAAGCAAGCAGCAUACUUCUUGAUGAUAAAUUUGAAGUACGGUUUGGGAGUUUGAAUGAGGUCUGUGCACAAGAAGGAGAUACUCAUCAAAACAGGAUUUCCAGGCUGCUGCGGCUGCCACAAACAUCGGGACAAGGUGCAUCAGGUAUGCCUAGUGCCACUUGUGCAUACGAUGUUUAUUGUUUUGGAAAGGUUUUGCUUGAGCUAGUAACUGGCAAGUUGGGUACCAGUGCAUCUAGUGAUGCUACCAUGAAGGAGUGGUUGGACAAAACAUUGCCUUGCAUUAGUAUAUAUGAUAAGGAACUUGUGACAAACAUUAUAGAUCCUUCCCUAAUCAUAGAUGACGAUUUCUUAGAUGAAGUAUGGGCCAUGUCUGUUGUUGCCAGAUCUUGUCUCAAUCCCAAGCCUUCGAGGAGGCCAUUAAUGAGAUAUAUCCUUAAAGCUUUGGAAAACCCAUUGAAGAUAGUUAGGGAAGAACACACUAGCUCCGAAGGACUUAGAGCAACUUCACCAAGAAGGUCAUGGAAUGCUACUCUAAUUGAGAGCUGGCGCCACAGCUUCUCGGAUGUAGUAACUCUACCAGCUAUAGCACCAGCUAAUAAGGUUGAAGGUGGUCAAAUUGCAGAAGGAGCUCAUUCUUUCUCAACUAGAUGACACUCAGCGGAGAUAGUUCCUGAACCAUUGGACGUUCAAGAUGCUGAGAGAAUGCAUGAUGAAUAGUUAGGUUAUAACGCAGCUAGCAAUUUAUUUGGUUGCCUAGCCUGUUGGUACCCUGUACAUUCUCCCCAUUCUGGAUUCUUGGAUGGUAAUUACCAUGCUCUAUUCAAAGACAGGUUAAUGAAGACAAUAUCAAUUGUUUAUGGUUUUGGCUGUGAAGGUUUUUCCAGUGCAGUUUGAUACAGCAGGAUUUUGAGCAAAUUCCCUGAAUACUACCCAUGUUUGGGAAAUUACCUAGAAAUAUCACACUUGUUUCUUUUAGGACCACAAUAUCACCCAACUAUUUCUAAUUUCCUUCAAAUAUACUUGACACAAUACAAACAUCAUUCUCUCUCCUAAUAGGUUCUCAUGUCACAUUAUUCCUUUUUGUUUUUUAACAAUACAAUGGAAGCUUGUUUAUGUCUCUAUAAGCAGCAACUUCUUCUACGUA